AUUUGAUUCAACUAAGGGAGGAAAGGGGGGUGGAAAUGCUGGACGGUGUCGCAAACGACGCAGCCUGCUACCCGGGGAUGUGCCACAAGGCGGAAUACUGCUCGAGUCAUCCGCACACAAUGUUGCUUACCCUACAGGCCGUCGGGGUGCUAUCCUGAAUAAGAUUGUCACCAUCUUCACGCUCAGCUUGUGGUGCAUGAUUCGCCAACAUUAAUUUGUCAUGUUCGUACGUCUGCUUGCAUUAGCUAUUACAAAUUAGGUUCGUUUUUGCACCGCAAACAGAAAGAAAAUGCUGGUAAUUUUUUCUGGGACAAGAGCUGGGGAUUGUGAACGAGCGGCUGACAUGCUGCAAGUUCGUCUCGUUACUGCAGGUGGUCCCCGCGUACUGCCAAAAAUUUUACAAGCGAGAAGGAUUGGUCGACCUAAUGGAACUCUGUACGACGAGCUGGACCGCCGACUAUCAUCCGGCACGCUUGCAACGAAGAGACGAAAGCUUUAAUGCC